AUGGCGAAUGUCACGCACCAUUUAGAAGAUGGAAACUACUCUGACGAUGGAGAUGAAUUACAAAACAGCAAGACACCGCCAUCUGGCGGAUGGUUACAUACGGAAACCGAUGGUCCUGACCAUUGGGGCAUCAUGCUCACUAUAGUUAUAACAGGGAUAAUCGGCAAUAUUCUACUGUUCUCUAUGAUGCGAAACACGAAAGUGAGAUUCUUAUCGUACUCAGUUUAUUUGAAGUUUCUGUCUGUUUCGGACAGUUUAUUGCUGGUCACUCGGCUGAUCCAGGAAACGGACAGGAUUUUCACUGGACUCUCAUCUACACCAGCAAACGAUGCCUUCUGCAAGAUAGAGUCCAGCAUUCACAUCCUUGCUAUGUUGCUAUCCCCAUGGUUAGUAGUGGGAGUCUCGCUCGAUAGAUUCGUGUGCGUCCGCUCUCUCAUGACGCGGGGAAGAUUCUGUACCCAGAAGAAAGCUAUUCUCGUCUGCUGA